AUGCUUGCGGACUUCAUGCCGCCAAUGGAGCAGCUUGCAGCGGCUCCCCGAUAUGUCUUGUCGCUCGUGGAGGAGGCAGCGGCGCUGCAGGCCUGUGCCGGCUGCUGCCUGCGGCUGGCGGCGGUUCGGGAGGUAGCCGCCUACAGCAGCAGCGACCUGCCUCACUCAGCGGCAGAGGUCCUGAGCGCAUUGGGGGAGGGGCAGCAGCACUCCACAGACCAGAAUGGACCUGAAGCUGGAGACGAGACCAGCACGCAUCAGAGCUCGGCUGCGGCAGGUGAUGAGGGCAGCAAGCGGCGGCGGCUAGACGGAACAGGCGACAAUGCAGAUUUGCAAAAGGCAGAAGUGAGCGGCAACCACGGGGCGCCCGUCGCGGAGCAGAGGCGUGCGACGGUGCCCAGCCUGGCAGCAGCAGCCGCAGCCAUAGCAGAGGAGUUUGAGUUUGAGAGUUUUGCGCUGGAGGUCAGUCUGCCCGCCUCGCUGGCCGUGCGGCAGCAGGCACUGAGCUGGCGGCUGCGCCAGCGGCAGCAGCAGGGACAGCGGGAGGACGUUGCGGCGGCGCUCGGAGCGGCAAUGGAGUCUACAGUAGACAUUAAGGAGGCAGUGAGGCUGUUGUACAGCUGCCAGCUGGCUGCAGCGCUGGGCAGGCCUCACAACCCUCAAGCGGAGCUGCGUAUCGCGCUAACCGUGACGCACCCCAACGCAGCGGCAGAGUGCGACUGGCUGGCUCCCAGCAGUGGUAAGCAGCGGCGUGGCCGGCACGGCCACGGCCGGCAGCUGCAGCAGCAGCAGCAGCAGCAGCCAGAGCUGCCGGCGGCGACCGAGGCGGUGGCGCAGCGGCUGGGGGCCAUGCCAGAGGCAGCGUUCCUGGCCAGCUGCCCUGCCUCCGCAGCGCAGCUGGCGCCGCCCCUGUCGCCGGCCACGGUGCUGCUGCAGGCGCGGCGAAGGCCGCUGCACGUGGGCGGCAGGUACCUCAAGCUGCGCCGAGGCAUCCCACAGUCUCCGUGGUUCAUCGAUGGCCAGCGCAAGGGCGAGGGCUCGGUUCAGGAGGCGAUUGAGCGGGCAGUGCUGCCCGCCUUCCGCGCAGACUCGUACAAAAUGGUGUCGGCAGGGCGGGAGGACAUCGAUGUGCGGAUGCUGGGCAGCGGCCGGCCUUUCAUCCUGGAGAUCCAAAAUGCCAGGCGCGCGGUGCCAGCGCCCGACCAGCUGCAGCGCAUGGAGGCUGCGGUGCUGGAGGCCACCGCUGGCGGCGUAGCGGCGCGGGGGCUGCACUGCGCGUCUGCCAGCCAGCUGGCGGCGCUCAAGGAGGGUGAGCAGGACAAGCAAAAGUCGUACAUGGCGGUGUGCUGGCUGCCGCGGCCGCUGACGGAGGCUGACGCGGCACUGCUGGAAAGCACGCGGGAGCUGGAGAUUUUGCAGCAAACGCCCGUGCGGGUGCUGCACCGGCGCGCCAACCUGGAGAGGCCGCGGACCGUGCAUGAGAUGCACGCUAUGCGGCUGGCUGGGCAGCCGGCGGGCUAUUUUGCGUUGCGGCUGCGCGCGCAGGCGGGAACCUACAUCAAAGAGUUUGUGCACGGCGACCUGUCCCGCUCGCGGCCCAGCCUGGGCGAUCUGCUGGGCUGCAAGGCGCAGAUACUGACUCUGGAUGUGCUGAAGAUUCACAUGGAGUUUGGGUGCCCGCAGCAGCAGGAGCAGUAG